AUGGCAACAUUGGUCCCUGGAGUUUUGUUAAAAUUACUGCAGCACAUGAAUACAGAUGUAAAGGUUGGUGGGGAACAUAGGUCAUCUGUAUUGCAAGUUGUGAGCAUUGUACCUGCACUAACCGGUGGUGAUCUCUUCUCAAAUCGAGGGUUUUAUCUUAAGGUAUCAGACUCUGCCCAUGCUACUUAUGUGUCUCUGCCUGAUGAACACAUUGAUCUCAUUCUUAGCGAUAAGAUUCAAUUGGGUCAGUUUUUAAAUGUUGAGAGGCUUGAGGCUGCCUUACCCGUGCCUAUUCUUAGAGGGGUUAGGCCAGUCCCGGGGCGCCACCCUUGUGUCGGAACCCCUGAAGAUAUAGUUGCAACUCAUUCAUUAGGUUUCCUCAAUAACAAUGCUAAUUUGUCAUCGGGUUCAAAAUCAUUAAGGAAAUCCAACUCACUUUCAAAGUUGUUGAGCAAUAAUGUGGUGCAAGAUAAUAAAUCCACCUCCUUGAGAUUGAAUGGUAGUGCUAAAGUAGAUAGAAUAGAUAAGAAGGUGUCUGGAUUGACUCAAUCUAGGUCUCAGUCAUCGAAGGUGGAUUUGACUUUGGAUGUGAAGAACCAAUCUGUAAGAAAAUCGAAGUCUUCGAGUUUGAGGUCAAUACCCUCGUCACCCACGAACUGUUAUUUAUUGCCACCUUCGCUUGAGAAGUUUGCAAAUGGGGUCAAUAACCAGUCAAAGGUCAAGGGGUUGGAGAGGUUGGAAAAGACACCCACUGAAUUGAAACAAGAGGAAAAGGUAGGUUCUACUCAUGGGACAAGUCCGACCAUGAAGAAGGUGUCGAGUGGGAGCUUGAUGAAGAACUUUGUUCAAGGAUUUCAGUUGGGGCCAAAGGCACUGAGAAAGAGCUGGGAAGGAAAUAUGGACGUAAAGGGUAGGGAAAGUCCCAUAUUGGAGGUCAAUAGGCACAACUUAAAGCCAGAUGCUCGGAGUACUUCUGUACCGAGGAAAUCAAUAAGCAAAAGGUUGCCAUCUAAAGAAGAGAAUAAGGCUAUAUCUUCGAAAUCGUCCAUAGAUGACAAUAAGGCUACAGCAUCUGUAAAGAAAGCUUCUGCAAGCAGAGAUUCAGUUGAUUUUGGCAAUUCAACUGCACGGAAAUCUGUUGAGAAGAAGUUAUCUGGGGAGGUUGCUAAUCAUGGAUUACCGGGGAACUUCAUAAAGGUUUCUUCCAGUAACAGGAGAUUAACAGAUGGAAGCGUUUCAUGGUCCUCACUCCCAUCUUCGCUCAUAAAGCUGGGGAAGGAAGUCUUAAAACAUAGGGAUGCUGCUCAAACGGCUGCCAUAGAAGCAAUUCAAGAGGCUUCUUCUGAAGAAAGCUUACUGCAGUGUUUAAGCACGUACUGUGAGUUGAGUUCCUCUGCUAAAGAAGAUAACCCACAGCCCGCUGUGGAGGAGUUUUUGGCUCUGCAUUCAAACUUGAAUAAUGCUCAACUAGUUGCUGAUUCUUUUUCAAAAGCUAUUACAUUUGAUUCUUCAGAUAAUGAAGAAAAUUCAUCAAAAGAAGCACUGAAGGUCACAUCAGAGCGACGUAAACAGGCAGCUUCUUGGGUUAAUGCUGCAUUGGCUACCAAUUUGUCAUCCUUCACAGUAUACAGCAAACCAGGUACCUCAAACUCAGUAACAUCAAUUCUAUCUCCAAACCCGAAGACAAAUCCUGUUCAUCAACCUGUGUUAUUCCUUGAAAACACUUCUAAAAACCUAGCAUCGAAAAGCCUGUCCAAACCCCGACAGGCAGCAAGCUCCAAGAACAAUUCAGUAGGAACUACACGUCAGCUAGCUGAUGGGCUGGCUGCUGAUCAGAAUACAAGAACUUCACCUCCGGUCGCGUGGAUCAAAGGAGAUGGUAUUAAUGAGGCUGUCAACUUCGCUGAAAUGUUGAAAUCGGAAGUGCAAAAUUGGUUCUUAUGUUUCGUGGAAAGAUUCUUGGAUGCUGAUGUUGAUGAGUCGACUUUGUCAGAUAAUGGUCAGAUAGCUGGCAUGUUAAGUCAGCUCAAGAGUGUGAAUGACUGGUUGGAUGAAAUUGGAUCUAGCAAGGAUGAAGAGAUGCCUCAUAUCUCGACUGAGACAAUCGAUGGGAUAAGAAAGAAGAUUUAUGAGUAUCUUCUCACCCAUGUAGAAUCUGCUGCAGCAGCACUUGGCUGUGGCUCACAAUCAUCACCAACAGAAAGAAGAUGA